AUGGCCGCUACCGCACAGCCGCCGGUGCGCUUCACGGGCCACGAAGGGCUUGCACUUCGCCUGGUUCUAUCGACCAUCACCGGACGAGCUAUCCACGUCUCCCAGAUCCGCUCUGCGUCUCUCAAUCCUGGCCUCACGCCCUACGAGAUCUCGUUUCUGCGCCUGUUGGAAGCAGUCACCAAUGGCUCGCACCUGGAGGUCUCCUACACGGGUACCAUACUGCUCUAUAAGCCCGGCCUGAUCACUGGAAGUGCUGCCGGAGUGGGCGCAAGUCGCGGCGUUGUUACACACGAACUGCCGGCUGGAUGCACUCGCGGAGUGAGCUAUUUCCUGCUGCCGCUGUGCCUGCUUGCGCCCUUCUCCAAGGCCCCUGUCAACGUCCUUUUCACCGGCGCUGGCGUCAUCACAUCCUCCACCCCGUCAGGUGACAUGUCCGUCGAUAGCGUGCGGACUGCUAUUCUUCCGCUAUUUGCACAGUUUGGUAUCUCCAAUAACGUCGAGCUGCGCGUGCUGCGGAGAUCUAACCCGGGACCUAACGGUAGGGGCGGCGGUGGAGAGGUACAGCUUGUCUUCGGCCAUCAAGUUCGACUGCCCAAGACCCUGCAUCUCUUGAACCCCGGCAAAGUAAAAAAGAUCCGUGGAGUAGCCUACUCGACCGGUGUUUCCGGCAGCAAUAAUGCACGCAUGAUAGAUGUGGCCCGAGGGAUCCUUAACCCUUUCGUAUCUGAUACCUACAUCUUCUCCGAUGUCUCCUCCGCGCCCUUGGUCCCCGCUCCAGAGAGGAACAACCCUUCCGCAAAGAAGAAGAUUGGCGUCGGCUUCGGCCUUUCUCUAGUCGCCGAGUCGUCGACCGGUUGUCUGUACUCCGCUGAUGUAGCCUCUCCACCCUCUGGCGGCCAGCCUCCCGAGGACAUCGGAAAACAGUGUGCAUACCAGCUGCUGGAAUCGAUUGCCGCUGGAGGCUGCGUGUCCAAACCCGCCGCUUCGACUAUGCUCACACUCAUGUCGAUGGGUUCAGAGGACGUUGGACGCCUGCAGGUCGGUCGUGACGUCGUCGCUGAUGAAACCGUUGUUCGUCUUGCUAGAGACCUGAGCAAGCUUGGAGCCGCUGGAUGGGGCGUGAGAGAUGCUCCCGAUUCCGAUGACGGGGAGAUCAUCCUCAGUGUUGUUGGAAGGGGUAUAGGAAACAUCGGCAGAAAGAUCGCCUGA